CAUUUUCUCCUCUCUCUCUCUCUCCCUCUCUCUCAUUUAACUUCCUCUUCCUCCUUCCUCCUCCCACUCUUUCUAUUCUUCUCUGUUCGACGCUGUUCCUUCUCUCUCUCUCUCUCGCUCUUCUAGCUCGGGCAUCAGACUCCACGUCGUCGAGGGUUAUUUCCCUGAGAUGACGAUACCGGAUUCAGGAUUUAUGAUGGACAACGGAGCUAGUUGCUUGCCGUGCACGCCCGAGGAGGAGAAGCAGAUCGUAAAGGAUCUAACAACUCAAUCGGAGAUGCAUUUGAAGGAAGGCAACUUGUAUUAUGUUAUUUCCAACAGGUACAAAGGAGGACCUGCAAUACCGAGGAAGUUGAUUUCACAGGGUGUUUAUGUGAAGAACUACUGUGUGGAGGUUUAUCUGCUUUGUCUUAAGUUGAUCGACUCAAGAGAUGAAAGUGAAACAACUAUAAGGUUGAGCAAAAAGGCUUCUAUAAGGGAGCUUUAUGAGAAGGUUUGUACACUAAAAGGAAUACAACAAGAAAAGGUUCACCUUUGGGACUACUUCAAUAAGAGGAAAAACUUACUAUUGGCUGCUUCACAACAUUGUCUUGAAGAUUCAAACCUGCAGAUGGAUCAACAUAUUCUUCUUGAAGUUGAUAGUCCUCUUUUUGGUACUGAUUCAACUGGAAAUGAAUUAGCUCUGGUACCUUUAGAGCCUGCAAGGUCAUCUCUUUCAAUUGCUGGGGGCCCAUCCAUGUCAAAUGGACACUCAACAAGUUCAAAGUUUAAUGUUUAUCGGGGAAGCACUGCAGGGUCAACAUUCAUAGAUGUGGAUGAGGGAUAUAAUGCUUAUGGCUCAACUAGAAAAGGGGAUAGGGGGGGUUUGGCUGGAUUGCAGAAUUUGGGGAAUACUUGCUUUAUGAAUAGUGCUCUUCAGUGUUUGGUCCACACGCCUCCUAUUGUUGAAUAUUUCUUGCAGGAUUAUAGUGAUGAAAUCAACACGGAUAAUCCUUUGGGAAUGCAUGGUGAGCUUGCACUUGCAUUUGGUGAGUUGUUGAGGAAAUUAUGGUCCUCAGGUCGAACGGCGAUUGCACCACGUGUCUUUAAGGGAAAACUUGCCCGAUUCGCUCCUCAAUUUAGUGGUUAUAAUCAACAUGAUUCUCAAGAACUUCUUGCUUUCUUAUUGGAUGGACUGCACGAAGAUUUGAAUCGGGUCAAGCAAAAGCCUUAUAUUGAAACGAAGGAUUCAGAUGGUCGUCCAGAUGAGGAAGUUGCUGAUGAAUGUUGGAAAAAUCACAAGGCUCGAAAUGAUUCAUUAAUUGUGGAUGUUUGCCAAGGUCAAUACAAAUCUACACUUGUCUGCCCUGUUUGCGACAAAAUUUCGAUCACCUUUGACCCCUUCAUGUAUCUAUCGCUGCCACUACCUUCAAUGGUCACUCGGUCAAUGACAGUGACUGUGUUUUAUGGGGACGGCAGCCAUCUGCCAAUGCCAUACACUGUCACAGUACCAAAACACGGUUUAUGUAAGGAUCUUAUCUUGGCAUUAGGUACUGCAUGCUGCUUGAACAGUGAUGAAACCCUUUUACUCGCGGAGAUCUAUGACCACCGUAUUUAUCGAUACUUGGAAAAUCCAGUGGAACCAUUGAAUUCAAUAAAAGAUGAUGAGCAUAUAGUGGCCUACAGAUUCCAUAGAAAAGUAGUGGGAAAAGUUAAAGUAGAAAUUUAUCAUGGAUGGCAGGAAAAUGUUGAUUUUCACAGAUCUGCAUCAGAUUAUCUUAAGGGUGGAGACAAGAAGCUCUUUGGAACGCCCCUGGUAACUUAUACUAGUGAAAACCCACUAAGUGGAGCUGAUAUUGAUACAACUGUUUCCAGAAUCCUGUCACCUUUGACAAGAACCUAUUCUUCAGCUAAUGCUCACAGAGGCAAAGAAAAUGGCUUUGUUUCAGACCCUAUUGACGAACAAUUAAACAGUUGCUCAUUUGUGAAUUCAGAAGAGAACACAUCUAGCCAGGAGCUAUCCUUCCAGCUAUUUUUGACUGAUGAGAAGCUGUUGAACUAUAAGCAAAUUGAGAAGGAUUCUCUUAUAAAACAUGGGCAAGUUUGUAGGGUUUUGGUGGAGUGGACUGACAAAGAAAAUGAAUUGUAUGAUGGCAGCUAUCUGAAGGACCUUCCGGAGGUUCACAAAGCAGGGUUCACUGUGAAGAAAACGCGGCAGGAAGCAAUCUCGUUAUUUUCGUGCUUAGAAGCAUUCUUAAUGGAAGAACCGCUAGGGCCUGAUGACAUGUGGUACUGCCCUAGUUGCAAAAAACAUAGGCAAGCCAACAAGAAGCUAGACUUGUGGAUGUUGCCAGAUAUUCUUGUUUUUCACUUGAAACGGUUCACAUAUAGUAGAUACCUUAAAAACAAAAUUGACACCUUUGUCAAUUUCCCGAUCCACAAUCUUGACUUGAGCAAGUAUGUGAAAAACAAGGAUGGGCAGUCUUAUGUGUAUGAGCUGUACGCCAUCAGCAACCAUUAUGGUGGCCUAGGUGGUGGUCACUACACCGCAUAUGCCAAGCUGAUUGAUGAGAAUAGAUGGUACCACUUUGAUGACAGUCACGUAUCCCCAAUUAAUGAGACUGAAAUUAAGACUUCUGCUGCUUAUGUAUUGUUCUAUCAAAGAGUGAAAAGAGGUGAACCGAAGAUGCAGGUGGGAGAGACAUCUGGGAGCCAUUCAGAUUCAUAAAGCCAUCAUGGUGUGCAUGCAAACUCUGCUGGCUCUUAGGUUGCCUUCAUCUGGUGUUUGAGGACUUUGUUGGAGUGAUGUUGGCUGGCACUGAAGCAAGUGACAGUUUUUCCUUCUCAGGAACCCUGAAAAGCUACAGGUUGAAGAUAACCGAGAUGAACAUCACCCAAAUUAUAAGAGAGGGAUAACACGAUGGCAGUUUGGGCAAAGAUUAGUUUCUUACCUUAUUUUUUAUUAUAUUAUUGUUUAAGAGGGAAAUUUUGUUAUAUAGUCGCCUAGAGAUUAGGUCUGUUAUGUGCAAUGUGCAUUGUCUGUAGCUCUCUCGCAGAUUACUAAUCACCGCAAGUGUUAUUCUGAGUAGUUAACUGAUAAAAAAGAUGAAAUAUAUUUUGCCCGCAAGUAUCCUGUGGCCCUGACCAUAA